AUGAGGAAGGACCAAACCCCCAAAGAGCGAAAAGGUGGAGAAAACUGGGUCCAUUACGCCUUCCCCACCUGUAUCUUCCAGGACCAGCUUCUCAACCCACACUCGGACCAUCGACACCCUGAACCACAACUGGCCACCACCACUGCAAGACACACAGCACGGCUCUACAUUCAAGAGCACCUGCGCGAACACCGCUACGAACGGCAAUCUACCCACCGCCGCCGAAUGAGCCACCCGCGAAACAGCGUCAUCGGUCUGGCACCGCAAAACGGCCGUACACAUUGA